GAUUAGCCAAAUUCGUUCACCCGCUCAAGUGCUCUGUGAUUCCCUGUUUCAUUCAUUCGGUAGUCAUUUUUAUUAAUUUGUUCCCAACUCCGCACAAUGUUCGCCCGUUGCUCGUCCUCGCUCGCUCGUCCAACGGUGCAGGGUUUCCGCCGGUUCCAGAGCACGCUCGUUGUUGCCGAGCACAACAAUGAGUCGCUGAAUCCGAUCACGGCCAACGCAGUGACGGCCGCCAAGAAGCUGGGCGGUGAUGUGACCGUGCUUGUCGCCGGUACAAAGGUCGGUUCCGUGUCGGAGGCGGCUGCCAAGCUGGAUGGCGUCACGAAGGUGCUGGUCGCUGAGGGUGACGCGUACAAAGGCAUGCUAGCGGAAGCGCUAACGCCACUCGUGCUGGCCGCCCAGAACCAGCUCAAAUUCACGCACAUCGUUGCCGGUGCGACUGCUUUCGGAAAAGCGGUUCUGCCGCGCAUUGCCGCCAAGCUGGACGUUUCCCCAGUGUCGGACAUUAUUGGCGUACAGUCGGCUGACACGUUCGUGCGCACGAUCUACGCCGGUAAUGCUAUCCAAACAAUUAAAUCCAAGGACCCGGUCAAGGUUAUCACGGUGCGUGGCACAAACUUCGAACCGACGGGAACUGCUGGUAGUGCGGCGGCCAUCGAGAAAGCUCCCGAGGGUGACUUCGCUAGCAAGUCGACCGAGUUCGUCGGCCAAGAGCUGACGAAAUCUGACCGUCCAUCGUUGACCGCCGCCAAGAUUAUCGUGUCCGGUGGACGCGGUAUGAAGUCGGGCGAUAACUUUAAGAUGCUGUACGAUCUGGCCGACAAGUGGGGUGCCGCCGUGGGUGCUUCCCGAGCGGCUGUCGAUGCUGGGUACGUGCCAAACGACCUGCAGAUCGGACAGACGGGUAAGAUCGUGGCGCCCGAGCUGUACGUCGCCGUUGGAAUCUCGGGAGCAAUUCAGCAUCUCGCCGGCAUGAAGGACUCGAAAACGAUCGUUGCCAUCAACAAGGACCCGGAGGCACCCAUCUUCCAGGUGGCCGAUUACGGACUCGUAGCCGACCUGUUCAAGGUGGUGCCGGAGAUGAACGAGAAGUGCUAACACCGAGCGGACGGGUAAACGAUUCUUUCAUUCCGGUUCUCCCGACCGGCCAUCCCGAUCUAGCUGCUGUCAUUAGCUCCGGUUUGUUAAAUGAUGUAUUAGUUAUAGGCGCAAAAAUUUAGCUACAGUGUAUAACAUAUGUCGAACUCGCAAAACCAAAGUGUUUCAUCCAUCCGAGUGCGCCCACGUGGAGCCAGCUGCUUAUGUUGCUCCUCUCAGGACACCCAGACCGUUCUUGCGUGUUCACUUUUUCGGGGCGAUGAUACCUUCCAGUUGGGCCUGCAAGAGAUUGUGUCGUGUUACGACAGAGACAAACAAUUGUCAAUAAAUAC